UAGGCGAUGAAGGAAGACGCUUGGCCAUCAGGUGACUCCGUAAACAUUGGGAAAUGAAACAGGAAAGGAAUGGAGAUCUUAUGGCCAUGUAUUUCGUCCCCUAUAGCUCCUCGCCUCAGCAAUACUCGGAGUGAUGGGCAAGACCAAGGCAGAUAUCCGCCACUACCCCCAUCACUACCCACGCUACUACCCCCCCUACUACUACGGUGACUACAACUACCACCACCACUACUACAGUCACUUCUACCCAGCUAGUCGUCAUUACUACCGCUACCGUUACACUCAAAUUUGCGAGUACCUGGUAGCAAGGCCUCUUCUUCUGGCAAGGCUUCACGGUCUCCUCUCCUACUACAUGAAAUAUUGCUACGGCUCCAUCUACCCAUUCCCCGCCCUGGGUUAGUGAAGGAAGCCGCGCCCCCGCCAUUCUUGUACCCGCGCCCUCAAUGUUCCCUCUUCACUGGGCAGGGAGAGAGAGAGAGAGAGAGAGAGAGAAUUUUGAAAUGAAAGUAUAUUAAUAAAAGUGAAGAGAUGAUGUGGAUAAAAAAAAAAAAAAGAAAAUUAAAGACAACAGAUAAACAUAACAGUUAGAGAAUACGUGAUUUAAAUAGCAGUAGUGCUUUUAAAACGCGAAAUAAAGCAGUAAAAGAUAUUAAAAAGAAAAGAAACAAGAUUACGGCACCGGGCACUACUUUGUUUUAUGAGCACCAAGUCGCGCGGAGGAAUACACGGGCAUGGAAAAGAAGGACGUAGGCGGGGAUAGGAAAGCAAGACACCGCCGCAUGAACAACAACUUAGAAUACGCGGAAAUGUGAAGGAUAGUGUGAAUGUACCACUACCACCACCACCACCACUACCACGAAGAAUGAGAAGAGGACACCAUCUGAAGACAAACCAACAUGAGGAUGGAGCAUGUGUGGGUGUGUGUAGCAGUGGUGGUGCUGGCACCAGGACUGCUUGGAAGCCGCUGGGAUCAGCUCAACCUUCACCCAGACCACAUGCCAUACAUACUGGCUAAUGACCAUGACCUGGCCGAAGAGUGCCGAGUCAGCCGCACCUGUCCAUUCAAGAAGCAUCUUAACCAGCCAGUCUGUUGGGGGUACGAGAGAGGCUGUGAGGCUACUGAAACCUACAGCAAUAUGUCCUGCCCAGGAGAUGCUCGUGGAUGGGUGACUACAAAGGAGGAGCAGCUGUCCACCUUCUUCAGGCAGGCUGACUUUGGCUUUGUGCAGGAGCAACUGAGCGAGAUGAGGAUGUACUGCACUCCACAGCAUCCGGGGGAUUCAUGGCUAGAGUGCAGUGAUCACCUCAGGUUCUGCCAAGGGAACAACAUCUACAUAGACUUCCGGCCGCUGAAGCACCGCAAGGAACCUGUUCAUUACCACAUAGAUGUGCUGGACCACGGCCAAGUUGGGGGCCACUGCAGCCUUGAUGAGAAUCGCCUCAAGUCCAACUCAGACCAGAUCAGCGCCCUGCAGUCUUGGGGCCCCGAGCUGAGGCACUUUGUGGAGCUGGAUGAGCGAGUGUGGAGAAGAGCAGAAAUGUGUGACUUGUGGAUAGAGUCCCCAACCUACCUCAUGAAAAUUGAUGCCACUGUCAACAUGUACCACCACUUUUGUGACUUCCUCAACCUGUACGCCUCGCAGCACCUCAACAGCACCCACCACUCCACCUUCUUCUUGGACAACCAGAUCAUUAUUUGGGAAACUUUGCCCUACUGGAGUAACUUUGGGGCUGCCUUUGAAGCUUUCACCAAGAACCGUCUGUGGAACCUUAAUGAUGUAGCAGGGAAGCGUGUGUGCUUCAAGCGUGUGGUGUUCCCACUACUGCCACGCAUGAUCUUCGGCCUCUAUUACAACACUCCCAUCGUGUGGGGGUGUGAAGGCAGCGGUCUGUUCCACGCCUUCUCCCGUCACCUGCUGCACAGACUGAGGGUGACUGAGGGUGGGCAGGCACGAGGCCCUGACCGGAGAAUCCACAUCACCCUCCUCUCCCGGGACACCAAGUACAGACGCAUCCUUAAUGAGAGGCAGCUGAUCAAGGCACUCGAGAAGAACAGCACUUAUGUUGUUCGCAAGGCAGAGUACUCUCACAAGAUGGACUUCCGGCUGCAGCUUCAGAACGACCAGUGGAGCGACAUCUUCAUCGGCAUGCAUGGAGCAGGACUCACCCACCUCCUCUUUCUGCCAGACUGGGCUGUCAUCUUUGAACUGUAUAACUGUGGAGACGCCAACUGCUAUCAGGACCUGGCACGCUUAAGAGGACUCAAGUACCUGACCUGGCGUGACCUCUCCAAGCUGACUCCUGAGGAUGAGGGUCACCAUCCAGACGGAGGAGCCCACAAGAAGUUCACCAACUACAAAUUCAACGUGGACGAGUUUCUGGCAUUGGUGAGUGAAGGAGCAGCUCACGUCAUGUCUCACGAGAGCUGGAGGAACCUUCACCCGCCCAUCACACUCUCACCGCCGCCACGUGACCGCCAGGAGCUGUGAGGGGCAAGGGAAGGGAAGGGAAAGGGUAAUGAGUGAGGGAGUGUGCCAGGAAAGGAAGGCUUGUUUGUUUUUGUGUGUGUGUGUGUGUGUGUGUGUGUGUGUGUGUGUGUGUGUGUGUGUGAUGGGUUGUGAUUUUGUUUUAGUGAUGAAUUGAUGGAAUGAUUUUUUAAAUUUAUUUUAUUUAUUUUGUCUACUUAUUUAUAUUUAUUUAUUUAUUUAUUUUCAUUUAUUUAUUUUUUUAUUUAUUUAUUUAUUUUAUUUUUUUGCCUUUGCCUCUCUGUCUGUCUGUCUUGUUUUUUUUUAUCCUGUGUUUAUUUAUUGUCUUGUAUAUUAUUGUACUUUUAUUUAUUUAACUUUUAUUGUAUUUUAUUGUUGGUGUUAUGUAUUUUUAAUCUUUUACCUUUUGAUUCUCAUUCUCAUUCUCUCUCUCUCUCUCUCUCUCUCUCUCUCUCUCUCUCUCUCUCUCUCUCUCUCUCUCUCUCUCUCUCUCUCUCUCUCUCUCUCUCUCUCUCUCUCUCUCUCUCUCUCUCUCUCUCUCUCUCUCUCUCUCUCUCUCUCUCUCUCUCUCUCUCUCUCUCUCUCUCUCUCUCUCUCUCUCUCUCUCUCUCUCUCUCUCUCUCUCUCUCUCUCUCUCUCUCUCUCUCUCUCUCUCUCUCUCUCUCUCUCUCUCUCUCAAGCUCAAUGUACUUACCUGUAUUAUCUUACCUGUUUUACUCACUGCCAUGACAAUAUGUAGUACAGUACCUAACUCAAAACAGUAUGAUAGAAAGUGAUGCACAAACAGAAGCUUUACAAAGAGAUUACUUAAAGAGAAACAUGAAUGGUUGUGUGUAUGUACUUAGCAGUUGUCCAGAGAGUAGUGUUGUGAUGUGCAAGUGAUGUGGUAAUUUAGAAACACAGGGAAAGUGCUGUGAAGUGUUACAUGAGAGAUUGUGUUGUGGAUGUAAGGAUAAGGUAACAUUUUAGUGAUGAUAAGUGUUGUGAAGUGUAAGGUACUUAAGUACAAGUGAGGAAGUGAAGGAAGUAUUGAGAUGCAAGAUUCAGUUGUUCAUAGUUAGAAUCACAGAACUAUAAUACAGAGUGUUGUGAAGUGCAAUGAUAGCCACAAGUUUUUUUUCAGUGUAAGAAUAAGAGAGAAUUGGUGUAGGAAAAUGGUAUGAAGCCCAGUGAUACCUUUGGCUUUGGAGGCAGAAAUUAAAUUGAAUUACAUUGAAGAAGAAUGCUGUGAAAUGCAAUAAUAUACAGAAUUUUUAUAGUAAUAAUCAAAUGGAAUUACCUAUACUGAAAUAAAUCCUUGGGCAGCAAUAACACCAAAGUUUUUUUUUUUCAUAGUUCAAAUCAGACAUUAUAUUGAAGCUGAACACUGAAAUGCAAGAUAUGUAGUGUUUACAGUGAGAAUGAAACACAACUAGAGUGAACAAAAUAGUGUAAUAUCAUUGAAACACAAAUAAGUGAUCUCUCCAAAAAAAAAUAAUAAAUACACAAUAUACUUCACCUCUGCCCACCUCUGAUCCUUUCCUGACAGUGUGUUAAGGACUUAUAAUAUUCUACCUAUGUUUUAUCUCACAACUGAAUUAUUGAAGAUUCCUCUAGUGCAAGACUAAAUGUGUAUUGAGGGAUUUCUGUUUUAUGUAACAAACUAAAUAAUCCUUUUGAUGGCGUCAGGAGGGAAUUGUUACUUAUUUGUCAUGUCCCUAUUGGUGCAAGUCUGUGGAAAGAUUUUGUGAUGAUAUGCAAGUCAGUCUGAUGUAAGGAAGGAUGGUACAAAGAAAUGGCAUGACCUUCAUCAGGGACUGUAUCCUUUUACCACUGGUUCCCAAACUGUGUGUACAUUCACAGUUAUUAACAGUUAAUUUUAUGUUACCAUAUUUAUAAUUCAUAGUUUCUGAGACUGGCCAGUGACCUUCAGAAACCCUUGUGGCUCUCUAGAUGGUGACAAGGUUUGGGAACUUAAGCAUCCCAGCAUUUUAUCUCGGCUACUUUUCACAGAGUCUAGUGGAAAUUAUGAGAGUCUUAAGGGUGUUUUUUUUUAUGACUGGUAAUACUUUUAAGAAAGAUUCUACACUUUAAAUAGACCCUAGUGGAAGCUUUUGGAUUUUCAGAGAUGUAUUUACUGAUAUUUUAACAAGGAUGCUGCAUUAUCAUUGGUGAAAGCACUCGUGAAAACAUAUCUCCAUGGCCUUUGAAAACACCCCUGGUAAGAAACAGGCCCUUGUGAGAGAGGUAUGGGAGAUGUGGCAUAUGGACUGAGCCCGUGGUGGGGUGGCUCAGGCGUUUAAGGGUAGAGAUGGAAUGGGUGAUUGUGCUUCCAUAAGGUAAUUAAAACUGCCCUCGACUCUCAGGGCUCCCGACUCAUC